AUGUCAACACUGAACCAUCUUUUUGAUCUUCCAGAACAGAUAUGUUACGUACAAUGUGGAUUCUGUACCACCAUUUUAAUGGUAAGUGUCCCAUGUAGCAGUUUGUCAAUGGUGGUGACAGUGAGAUGUGGGCACUGCACAAGUCUUCUUUCUGUUAAUAUGAUGAAAGCUUCUUUUGUCCCUUUCCACCUUUUAGCAUCUCUUAGUCAUCUUGAGCCAAAAGAAUGCAGUCCAGAAGUAGAUGCAAAUAAGAGUUUGAACAGCCAUAGUGCAUUCAUGACAACUUAUUCUGAUUGUGAAGAAGAGGAUGUGAUUCCAAUGAGUAAUGUCGUGAACAAACCCCCAGAGAAGAGACAAAGAACACCAUCAGCCUAUAACCGCUUCAUCAAAGAAGAGAUUAAAAGGCUAAAAGCUGAACACCCUGACAUGGCCCACAAAGAAGCUUUUAGCACAGCUGCAAAAAAUUGGGCCAAUUUCCCCCCAACUCAGUGCAAAGGAGAUGAAGAGAGCUGUAGCCAGACAGAUCAACUUGCAGAUCUUGACUCCAAUGUGGACCCUCAUGAUGCUGAGGUCAAUGAAGAAGAAGGUCAAGGUUUCCGUGGAAGAAAAGUCCCAAGAAAUUCCAUCUUGGAAAGGACACCAUUUGAGUGA